UAAGCUACGACACGUUUGAUUCGAAAUCAAAUAAGUGGUCGAAUAAAGAGUCAAAGAUACGGCCAUUAAGUUGACUUCGUAAAAACGAUACUAGAGACAUUAGAAAGUUUGGUUAAAUUACACUUUUGUUAAAUUAUUUGGUUCCACGUUUGAUUAUGGAUAUUGUACUAUUAUAACCAAAAAAUAAAAAGUGAAGGAUAUAGUUUUUGUUUAGUUUACUGUAAAUAUAAAAAAGAAGCGAAAUCAAUUUUUUUGUAAUUAAAUAUUCCGAAUUACAAUAUGAGAAUCGCAGUUGAAGGAUGUGCUCAUGGUGAAUUGGAAAUUAUAUAUGACACUAUACAGGAGAUUGAAAGAGUCAAUGGAAAAAAAAUAGAUUUACUUGUAUGCUGUGGUGAUUUUCAAUCAACGAGGAAUUUAUGUGACUUAAAAUGUAUGGCAGUACCUGAUAAAUAUAAAGACAUGUGUACUUUUUACAAAUAUUACUCAGGAGAAAAAGUCGCUCCAUUAUUAACUAUUUUUAUUGGUGGUAAUCAUGAAGCUUCAAACUAUCUUCAAGAGUUACCAUAUGGUGGAUGGGUUGCUCCUAAUAUUUAUUAUCUUGGCUAUGCCAAUGUUAUACAAAUAGGUGGGAUUAGGAUUGCUGGAAUUUCUGGUAUUUAUAAGAGUCAAGAUUGGAUGCAAGGACAUCACGAAAAACCACCAUAUACAAAAAGCACAAUUCGCAGCGUUUAUCACAUUAGAAACAUAGAAGUAUUUCGAUUAAAACAGAUAUCUGGUAAAAUUGAUAUUUUUUUAUCUCAUGAUUGGCCAAAUGGAGUGACAAAAUAUGGAAAUGAGGAUAAGCUUCUAAAGGGCAAACCAUAUUUUAAGACUGAUAUUGAAAAUAACACACUUGGUAGUCCAGCAAACAUGGAACUUUUGAAAUACCACUAUCCAUCAUAUUGGUUUUCUGCACAUUUACAUUGUAAAUUUGCAGCACUUAUUCCUGAAAAAGAUGGUACAAGAGUAACUAAAUUUUUAGCAUUGGAUAAGUGUUUGCCAAAAAGGAAAUUUCUUCAAGUUGUAGAAAUAAACGAUAAUCCAAAUUUACCAUUAACUCUCAGCUAUGAUUUAGAGUGGUUAACAAUUCUUUAUUUAACAAAUCACCUGCUUAGUGUUAAAAAUGGCAUUCAUUACAUGCCUGGGCAAAAUGGCAAUGGUAGAUGGACGUACACACCAACUACCGAAGAAAAGGAGAAUAUAUUAAAGAAAUUUAAUUAUGAUUUAAAAGUACCAAUAAAUUUUGUACAAACGGUUAAACCUUAUGACCCAGAGUUAAUGGAUGACCAAAAUGAAAUACCAAAAUUAAUAAUAAAUAAUCAAACUACAAAAUUUUGUAAUACCUUGGGGAUAGAUGAUCCAUCAGUAUUAUUGCAAAUUAUAUUAAAUUUGAAGGAAAAAAAGGCAAAUGAAACAAUACUAGAAUCAACAUUAGAAAGUACAUUGGAAUCUAGUGAUAUCUCUAUCACAUACGAGGACGAUAGUGCAUGCGAGAAUAGCACAAAGAAUUCUAUAGAUAUGGUUGAUGAAAAUUUUAGUGAUGUACUACCAGUAGAAAGUAUAGAAUCUGAUAGCAAUAAUCACAUUACACAGGUAGAACCAAAUUGUAAAAAGUUUAAAAGAAGAAACUAUUCUAUAUAUUCUAAUACUCUUUAAAUGCAAGUGAAAUUUUCUUUAAAAAGACAAAAGUACAUCAGUGUAAAACCUUAUAGCCUUCCUAUUCCAAAUCUCCACACAUUACAUGUUUCUAUAAAUGAACUCUUUAAAGUAUCGUAUAUAUACAUCAUGAAAAUAUAUAUAAAACAAAGUGAUAUAAUAUCUUGAUUAGUGAAGAUCAAUGAUCGAUUCAUAAAUGCACGAAUUAUAUAUAUAAUUUCAAUUAUAUCUGAUUUACAAAUCAUUGAAAUUACAUUACAUUAUAACAUUUCAUUGUAUAUUACACAAUUUUAUAUAU